AUGAAUGUCAAUGAAUUUACGGUUAAUACAACAGAGAUCUUUUUAAAUUUGACGAAAAAUUGUAUGAAAGUGAUUCACUAUCCAAUAUUCGAUGAUGGUAAUUUAAUUCCAUCAGUGCCCAUUCGACCAUGUAAACAAUUUAUUCAAAAUACUGGUCCAAAUAAUUCAUCUCUUGCAUUCAAAUGUAAUUUAAUAAAUGCGUAUCGUUAUUUGAAUAUAACACAGUCAAAUCAAAGCAUCAUAUAUCGAAAUGAAUAUUGUCUUCUUUGUCAACAAAAUCGAAUAUUUAUUAACAAUAAUACUGAUACAUGUCAUGGUCCUUAUUAUCACUUAGCUGUUAUCCCAUUGCAUUUAGUCCGUUAUCAACCACUCUCCAUUCUGUUUCAUUCAGAUUUCUUGAGCAAACGGAUGCAAUAUUCUACCGAAUAUCCAUGUACUGACAAAAAUAAAAUGUACGGUAUAUUUGUGCAUGAUUAUUCGACAAUGUCGAAUAUUCAUCAAGAUACUAUUAAUGCUAUGAAAUGUCAAACACCUAUUCGAAUUCUAAAAAAUUCUGUUAAAAUAUUGAAUAAUGCGUUUUAUUUAAUGUGCGAGUUAAUUCUAAAUUCUAGCAAUUCUAGCAAUAUUCUAAAUUCUGCAAUACAAUGGCGGAUGGAUAGUUAG